AUGAGAGAACGUGGACGUGAAGAAGGAGGUGAGGUGGACAUCAACUCAGCGGGCUUCUUCUUCAGCGUGGCAUCUGACCUGAGCGCCAUUCAUCUCGACCUGACAGGGCAAUUCAACGACGAGGAGAACGUGGACGUGAGGAAGGAGGCCAUUCGCCUGGACCUGAACGGACAAUUCAACGACGAGGAAAACGUGGAUGUGAGGAAGGAGGUUGACAUCAACUCAGCGGGCUUCUUCAGUGUGGCAUCCCACCGAGCAGUCUACAUCCACCACCUCCUCUCCUUUGGCUUCUCCGUUCUCUACAGCGAUAUCGACAUCGCCUUCCUGCACAACCCCCUCCCCUUCUUCCAAACAACCAGCCAUGCCACUGAUGCUGCUGCGUCUGCGUCUGCGUCUGCGUCUGCGUCUGCUUCUGCUUCUUCUCCUGCUCCUGCUGCUGUUGCUGCUGCUGCCGCUGACGUGGUCGCUGACAUCAGCAGCUUGAAUUUCGACAUGUUUGUGAGCAUCGAUCGGUACAGGGAGCAACCGUCGCCCUACACAGACCCCAUGGAUCCGACCUAUACGGGCCUUCUCAACAAAGGGGGUCGCAUCUUCUGCACCUGCCUGCUCUUCUUCCGCCCCACCGCCGCCGCCAAGAGCCUCGUAGGCAACUGGGCGUUUCGGAUCGCGAAGCUCGGUCGCAAGGGAGGGUUGGAUCAGGCUCAGUUCAAUCUAGUCAUGCAGUGGAUGUACCAGAGGGGUGUGUUGCCUCGGAUUGGCGUGCUGCCGCCGCUGCAGUUCCCGUCUGGGCACCUGAUGCAGGAGCACUGGGAGGAGUUUGUGGAGGUGCGGCCGAGAGUGGUGAUGGUGCAUGCGAAUUAUGUGAGAGGGAAGGGCGCGAAGAUCGAGGCACUGAAGAAGUCGGGGCUGUGGUGGCAUGAGGCUGCAGGGAUGUUGGGGUUGGAGGGUGGUGCCAAGGGUGGGAAGGAGGGGGAGGAGAAGGCGCCGACAGGGGCAGCUGGGAGAAGCGGAGAGGCGGGAGGAGACGAGGAUUGGGGGGCACGGGUACUCGCGGCAGUGGAGCCGUGGGUGGGGGAGUAUUUGAAGACGAUGGAGGGGAAAGGGAUGAGCGUAGCUGCUGUUGGUGGCAUGGCAGUCUUCACUGUUGCCUGCGAUGGCCAGGACGCCUUGUUCCGCACCUGGUGGGCGCGCAUGAACCGCAUCCCUUUGCUUGGGAGAGCUCUCCUCGCCUCCGUGCCUCAGGUGAUGCGCAUGCCAGGGGGGCACACCGUAGACCGACCCAAGGAGAGGACGUCCCUGCAAAUGGCUGCUGCCACGUGCCUGCUGCUGCCUCCCCUCAUCAUCGCCCGCCUGCUUGCCGCCAACGUGACUGCCGUCUACAGCGACAUCAACUCGGUGUGGCUGCGGGACGCCCGCCCCUACUUCCCGCCAUCCUAUUCCCUCGUGCUGCCCUCCCUCUCCCACCAAGACCCGCCGCAGCAGCAGCAGCAGCAGCAGCAGCAACAUAAGCAGCAGCCAGACGUGCCAGCCAUGCAAGGGGCACAAGGUGCAAAAGGGGCAGCAGAGAAUGGGUUGGGAAACAGCACGGUACAGGUGGGUGAGGGUGGGGGCAGCACAGGGCAAGCAGAAGCACCAGCGACACAAGCGGCACAAGGGGUGGCAGAGAAGACGCUGGGAAAUGGCACGGAGCAGGUGGGUGGGGGUGGUGGCAGCACACAGCAAGCAGGCGCGCAUGAGGCGCAACGAGCAGCAGAGAGGGGACUGAGAGCAAAAGCGGAGAGCAAGGGCGGGGACAGCAUGCAGCAGGCAGCGGCACCUCCACCCCCCAACACCACCGCCCUCACACCGUCCCUCCUGGGGUCCCUCUCUCCAUGGCUCAUGGCUCUUCGCCCCUCCCCUGCUGUGCAAGCCAUGGUGCGUCGCUGGGCACUCAGGGCUUUAAGAGAUUGUAAGAAUGCAGAAGCAGCCGAAGCUGCAGGUGGUUCGGGUGUGUUUUCUGGUUCGGAGAUUCUGAAAAGGGCUCUCAACCAUGCCGUGGCUGAGAUGGUUCGGGAAGCGGGGCUUGUGGGAGCGGAGGAGAUUGGGUUGGGUGAGGGUCCAGGUUCAGCAGGAGGCAUAGAUGCAGGUACGGAAGCAGGUGCGGGAGCAGGUACAGAAGCAGGCAAGGGAGGAGGCACAGGAGAUGUAGGAGAGGGGCCAACGGGAGCAAUCGUGGGGGUGCUUCCAGAGCAAUUAUUCCCGCCUGGGUGGAAGGUGGUGGGGGAUAGAGCAUGGCUGGAGGCGCAUAGGAAUGAGAUAGUGGCUGUGCAGGUGAGCUGUGGGGAGGACAGCAAGGUGCAGGAGAUGUGUGUUAGAGAUAUGAAGCUGUGGUUGUAA